AUGGGCGACGCCGCCAACGCCUCCCGUCGGCGUCGGCUGGCCUCAAUUCUCCUCUCCCGGAAACCGCGCUUCACCGACAGCACGAACGAGACCACGGCCACAGUCAUAUCCAGGGAUGGCUUUACCAUGAAGGUCUCCUUCUGGAUGGCCGACCCACCGCAGCUGUCAAUCUUCUCCAUCCACUGCUGCAGUCCCCCUCAUCUGCAAGACCGCCCGUAUUCCGAGUUCUCAGUUUCGCCACGCGUGGUCGGCGUCGGCGCGGAGGGCCGUUUCGUCCUCUUCCGCGCCGUCUUCAACGGCCACUACGCAUCUGAAUAUUUCCUGUACAAGGCUGGUGAGUCGCCGUUGCUCGACCGUAUUCCUUCUCCCGACGAGUAUUGUGAUGACGACCGCGAUGAUCUGCGCGGGGUCAGGGAGUUCGGCAUCCUGCAGCUUGGCAGCCACUAUCUCGUGGCCGCUCUCUGCCUCGCGCCGUCGUCGGAUGACUACCACCUUUGGAUCUACUCGUCCGAGAAAAAGUCCUGGAUCACUAGGACACUGCCCAAUCCAUGUCCUGUGGUCGACAGGAUUAUACCCGAUAAGGUGAUCUCGCUUGGAGAAGGCUUGCUAGGGUGGGUUGAUUUGUCACACGGCCUGCUGAUGUGCGAUUUGGGUCAAGAUCAUGUAAGUUUCAUCCCGUUGCCGGAGCUGUUGCCUGGGAACAGAUACAAACUAAAAUGUCCCAUUCCGCCUACCACCGCAAAGAGAAAGAUAAAACUAGAGGACGAAUCUUUCUUGUGGUUUCGGGAUCUCACAUGCGUUGAUGGCGUGCUCAAAUUUAUUGAGAUGGAGAAUCUUGCUCCUGGAAUCCAGAGCAACAAGGAGGGUAUUGUCUAUGAUUCGGACUUGAUCAUGUCGCUCGAGCGCAAAGAGGAUUGGAAUUCCAAGCAGCUGUCCUUUGGGGGUGCCUGGAGAGCUGUCACAUGGACUCGGACAUUUUCAUCUAACUGUUGGCGCCAGACAUGCGCUGCUGAUGUCGCUGACAUCUUGGUUGACGAGUCUUUGUUGCCCGGGCUGGACAUGACAUUGGGGAACCUCUACUCAGCUUUCCCCAUCCUGAGCCCGGAUGGUGACGAUAUUCUUUAUAUCAAAUCUGUGCUGAAACCUAGUAUUCACGAUGGAUGGGUGGCAGCCGUUGACCUGGGAAACAAGGCAGUGAAAGCAAUUGGAAAGUAUUAUCUUCCGGAUGAUUUUUAUUACGAACUUCCUAUGACCCUCAACAUCCUUUCUUUGCCUGUACAUUAUCCCGCCAUCUGGAUAUGA